CACGGCGCCCCUUGGACGUAUUCGGGGUCCCGCCCUUUAUUAUACCGUGCGCGUCCAUGUGUGGGAGGAGGGUGGAGAGCGCGCGCCCGUGUACUGGCGGAGGAUCCGGGGACGAUGGGGGAGAGAGCGGGAACACGCGUCUUCAAGAAAUCCAGCCCGAAUUGUAAGCUAACAGUCUACCUGGGGAAGAGAGACUUUGUGGAUCACCUUGAUCGAGUAGAUCCUGUUGACGGAGUGGUUCUGGUUGAUACCGAUUACCUGAAGGACCGUAAAGUCUACGUCACCUUGACCUGUGCUUUCCGCUAUGGCCGGGAGGAUCUUGAUGUCUUGGGCCUGUCCUUCCGGAAGGACCUCUUCAUCUCCACGUUCCAGGCUUACCCCCCACUACCAGAAGAGAGGAAACCCCUCACCCGGCUGCAGGAACGACUGGUCAAGAAGCUGGGGGAGCAGGCACACCCCUUCUACUUCACUGUACCACAGAAUUUGCCAUGUUCAGUGACGCUCCAGCCAGGACCAGAGGACACUGGAAAGGCCUGUGGUGUCGAUUAUGAAAUCCGUGCCUUCUGCGCCAAAUCCAUGGAGGAAAAGAUGCACAAAAGGAACUCCGUACGUCUGAUCAUCAGGAAGGUGCAGUUUGCCCCGGAGAAGGCGGGACCCCAGCCUGUAGCGGAGACCACCCGGCAUUUCCUGAUGUCUGACCGCUCCCUUCACCUGGAGGCUUCUCUGGACAAGGAGCUCUAUUACCAUGGAGAGCCCAUCAAUGUGAACGUGCACGUAACCAAUAACUCCAGCAAGACGGUCAAGAGGGUGAAGGUGUCCGUCCGACAAUACGCCGACAUCUGUCUGUUCAGCACCGCCCAGUACAAGUGCCCGGUGGCUCAGAUUGAACAGGAUGACCAGGUGGCCGCCAGUUCCACGUUCUGUAAAGUUUACACGCUCACCCCUCUGCUGUCCAACAACCGGGAGAAGAGGGGCCUGGCCCUAGAUGGGAAGCUGAAGCACGAGGACACCAACCUGGCAUCGAGUACCAUAGUCAAGGAGGGCUCCAGUAAAGAGGUGCUGGGGAUACUGGUUUCCUACAAAGUGAAGGUGAAACUCGUAGUGUCACGAGGAGGUGAUGUCGCUGUGGAGCUGCCUUUUGUCCUAAUGCAUCCAAAGCCCCCAGAGCCGCUGACACGUCAACUGUCCGAAUUCCCUCAGACGGACAUCCCGGUUGACACAAAUCUCAUAGAAUUUGAUACAAACUUCCUCCAGGACGAUGACAUUGUAUUUGAAGACUUCGCCCGACUGCGGCUCAAGGGACUAAAAGACGACAAGGACGACGACGAAGCCUACUGCUAGCCCGAAUUGUGAAAGCUCCACCCCCCUGCCACUGGUGACUCCGCCCCUUGCCACAAGUGGAGUUUGCACCCCCCCCCCCCCCCCCCUCAUUCCUGGAAUGGAGAACUCUCACAGAUAUACACACACACGUGCAAGCUCACACACACACAUUGUGUAGCAGAGGGCAGGCAGCAUAAGGGUGUGUGUGUACGUUGUAUAUAGUAACGCACAGGCGGCGGUGGUGGGGGAGGGGGCUGUAUUGUCUAUACAUAUACACAGACCCUCUACUGCCGAGCAUCGAGACAUAGGUAGAGUCCACCCGUACGCAUGUCGGAUUAACCGGAACGGUGAGUAGGUGCGGGUGCGACGUAACAAGCUUUGUACAUAGGACCGGAGGGGGGGUUAAUGCUGCCGAUCACACACUGUACACACAGCCUUGUAUAUAGACGGCGAUCAAACAGCGUUUAAUGUGAUUUACCGCAAUCUCUAUAGUCUCAUUUUUACCGAUCAAACGUUUCUACAAAGCUUACAAGUGUAUCAGUCUGGUGUUUGUGGUUUUUAUUUAUUUUUU